CUUAAGAUUUUAAUUUGACGCAGCAAUUUGAUUUGUUGAUUUCUAUCCACGUAAUUGAUAAUACUGGAGUCACACUAAAAUUUUCUCAAAUAGUGCGAAGCUUGCGAUCAUUGAGGAGCUACCUCUUUUACACACUAAUUAUAUACAGAUAAGUCUCACAUAACCAUCUAAGAUGAUUGUUGGUUUCCAGUACAAGGCUAUGACCAUAACAGGAGCAUUUCAUUUGGGCAUUGGAGCUUUGUGUUUCAUUAUUUCAAUGUUGGGAUUUUCCACAAGAGUAAUAACACGAAGUGGCCACCACAACCUGUCUCUGCUAGUUGCUACACCAGCAUGUAUUGCGAGUCUAUGGGCUAUCAUGGUUGGCAUAUUUGGAAUUCUUGCUGGUCUGAAAAAAAAUUCAGAAGCACAAACGAAGAGAAUGAAAGUUGCCUACAUGACCUUUGCCAUUUUGUCUGCAUCCAUCUUUUCACUUGGUGGAAUUACUGCUUUUUCUGCCCAUGCUUCUUGGACUAUUAGAUAUGCCUGGGGCAAAAAUUCUGAUUUAUUUUAUUUUGGAUCAUUUGCUAUGAUUGGGGAAUUUGUUUUGUCUAUUGUUUCUUCAUCCAUUUGCUGCUGUUGUUCAGAAUCAAAAACCACUGGGAUUGUCAUUCAACAAAAGCAGCCAAACCAGCCAACUGCAUUUGUAAACCCACCAGUGACUGCUCAUUAUCCUCCAAAUGUUGCUUAUCCUCCAAAUGCUGCUUAUCCUCCAAAUGCUGCUUAUCCUCCAAAUGCUGCUUACCCUCCAAAUGCUGGUUAUCCACAAAUGAUUGAUCAGAAAUGAAGAAAUACAUUUUUUAAAGUUUUGUGAAAUUCAAACUUUUUUUUCAUAAGCAUGAUAUAUUUGGUAAAUAUUCAUUAAAAUCCAUUUACUAUAAUUACAGGGCCGAUUAUUGUUAUCAGAAUUGAUUUUGUUGUUUAAUGUUAUCAAAUGGGUGUUUGCUAUAGGUCAGUUAUUGUCAUCAAAUUGACUUCAAUAAACAAUUCCUACAGUA